AUGCAGUUAAAAUUUUCAGAAAUAGAUGGAUUUGUAUAUGAUUUGUUACAUUUCUUAUGGUUAAAAGAUCCAAUUACAAAAGUAUGUCUAUGUAAUUAAUAGAAAGCACCAUUGAUAAAUAUACCGUAUACUCUGUAGAUAAAAGCAGGAUAUGUGAAAUUUUGGUAUUUCAGUAAGCAAGGUGUAAUAUAUAGAAAGAGCAAGGAGAAAUUAGAUCCUGAUUACUUGAAAUAGAUAUUCUAUUCAGAGAGUAUAAAUAAAAUAGAAGCAGUAUGGAUAUUUAAAGAAAAUGAAAAACUUAAAUUUCAUUAUAUGAAUAAGAUGGAAGUUGGUCAUUUUAUUGAGAAGCUAGACUAUUAAGCUGAUGGUGUUUUAUAAGGGUUUGUAUGCCCUGGAAGAGAAUGUAAUAGCACAAUAAAAUGUACAUGGUAAAAAAAUAGUUGCAUUUUCGAGUAAAUUUAUAAUAUAAACAAAAUAACAAACAAUUCAUUACAUCCAAAUUAAAGAAUCACAACCUUUGAGACUGAUGGUGGUCCAACAAUCAGUACUACGUAUAUAUAUAUAAUAUAUGAAAUUCUGAUAGAUUAAAUUCAAAUGUAUUGGCUAAAACAUUAGAAUCAACUUGCCAAGAAAUUCAACAGCAUAUUUGUAAUGUGACUUUUGAAAAGAUUAAUAUUUCUUUAAUGGAAUUAUAUUUUAGAUAAGGAAUAGAUGGAUAAAUUUAUUUAUUAUUUUGUUCUAAAGUGAGAACAAAAACUUAAAGUAGAAGUAAUAGUAAUUUGAAAUUGUCUCUUAAAGUACCUUUACCUAAAGGGCCUAAUAGAAUUGAAUUUAUAAAUUAAAGAUGUGUUGGUUGUAAAGUAAUUCAAAAUAUAAAUUUGUUUGAAGAAGUAUAUAUUGAAUUUGAGUAUUAUUUAGAUAUUUAUAAAGGAGAUAAUAGAGAGUUGGGAUAGACAUCAUGAAAUAAAAUAUCAAUAAGAUCCUCCAAUAAUAGAAAUGGAUAAAGAUUGUUUAGUUCCUAAAAUACUUAGAUUUAUUUAUCCUAAUUUAGAUUUUAAUCACUAUUAAAGUCUAAAAUAGAAUGUGGCAUUCACAUGUUAAAAGAUUAAGUUAUGUUUGAAAUGCUAUAAGAAUGUGAAUGAUAAUAAAUCUAGAUUCUCCACAGCAACAUAUUCAAUACAGAAAAGAAUUAUGAUGAGAUAGAAGUCUUCUUAGAGUACAUUUUAAUAUGAUACUUAAUCAAUUAAAAAGAGUAUAUAAAGUCAUGAAUCCUUUAUAUAAAAUACAUAAAGUCAAACUAAAACUACAAGUACUCAUAAAAGAAGUAUAUCUAAUACAUCUUAUAUGUUAAAAUAUAGAUGUAAUACUUAACUUAACUUCAAUUAAUCUAUAAGUUAGAUAUUUAGAAAUGAAUAAAGUUAAUGA